AGUAGGCUCGGUAUUGCAAGAGGUCACGGUCUCUGAUCGAGGAAGAAGAGUAUAAGGGUAGAAACGAGGUCAAAUUCAAGAGAGGUCGGAGUACCAGUUGGCGAUGUCGGAUGGUUAAGGGCUUAAGAAGACCACCUGUAGGCGGUGCUGGCAUCGUUACGGCUGUAAGCUUCUUCCUCCACAGUCUGGGUAGAGAUGUCCGAAGAGUCGGCUGCGGACUUGGCGGGCUCUGAUGAUUCUCCAGAGAUCGAGACGUCAGACAUAGGAGUCCAGGCCGGCCCCUUAGACGAAGAAGAGACGUUUGUCGAGAAAGCAGAAGAAAACGAGAGCGAAGAAACCAACGCUCUUGAAGAAAAUGCGUCCAUCAAAGAGAAAAAGAGACUCGACGACAAAAGACAGCGAGGCCGGUCCAAAGGCAAAAUAUCCCCGUCAAUCCUUAAGAAAAAAAGAAGAUCGUCCUCUUGUGCCAGUUCUAUAAUUACUCAUCCAUCAAUUUCACCUGAAAGGCUUAAGGAAUUACGGGAAAUAGUUGAAAAAGCAGCUCAGCAUCACAAAACUUUCACAAUCCUCGGGAGGUACCCGUCUAUAAAGGAAGCACUCAAGAAUAGGGGUUGGGUACAGAAUUUCGACCUCCAGCGACUAACACUGCCGAAGCAGAGGCAGUUCGACGAUGACGUGAGCGUUUUGGCCCGAUUGCAAAGUGCAGACGAGACGGAACGACUGGUCAUAUCACGUCUCCUUCGCCACACACCGGUGAGCUUCCUCUGGGCGACGUCGGAAAACAUCGACUGGAAUUCUUUGAGCAAAACCACUCUCGUUUCGAGGUUUCCGAGAGUCUACUUCACUACUAAGGUCGGCAUUUGUAAUUAUCUGCAGCAGUCGCAUUGGUUUUGCGAGGCCGGCAUCUCGAACACGAUGUUUCCCAGGUGUUACAGCAUAUCCAACAGCGACGACUUGGACGUCUUUAUCAAAGACUUUCGUCUGACGGCGUGCGUCGGUCUUCUUAAACGGCUGACUUCCUUCAUCGACGAGUCUCAAGUGGUAUUCGACGAAAAAGGAAAGAUACCGUUGAAGACGGUGGAGUUCGCUGUUAAAAGGAUAACGGAAUUUGUAGCGAAAGAGAGCCACGAAGACAUAGACAGAGAGACGGAAGAAAAAGUGUGGGAUCACCAAUGGGACCAAUUUUUGACUUUUUAUUAUCAAUUCGUUCAUCACGGGCACAAAUUUGUCGCAGCGAGUGAUGCUCAAAUAACGGAGAUAUAUUCAUGCAGUAAGAUGACAUUGGCCGCGUUGGACGAUUGUUGGCCUCAAAAAAAUAUGGACGGUACCAACAAUUUGUGGAUCGUCAAGCCGGGCGCGAAGUCUAGAGGAAGGGGGAUCGUCGUGUUGAAUAAAUUAGAGGAGAUCGUGGCACGAGUGAGUUGCUUUCAAUCAAACGAGCCUAGAUUCGUCGUCCAAAAAUAUAUAGAACGACCUCUGUUAAUAUACAACACGAAAUUCGACAUAAGACAAUGGUUUCUCGUCACGAGCGUCUACCCUCUGACGAUUUGGAUGUACAAAGAGAGCUAUCUCAGAUUUUGUUCGCAGCUUUUCUCCCUGAAUAACAUGCACGAAUCUGUGCAUUUGUCGAACAACGCGAUUCAGUGCAAAUAUAAAAAUGCUCAUAAAAGGGAUCGCGCCCUACCAGAUGAAAACAUGUGGGACUGCUAUACGUUUAAAACAUACCUGAGGACUCUCGGCCUCCCAUCGGAUCGGUGGGACUCCGUUAUUUACAGAGGGAUGAAAGAAUGCAUCACAGGUGCUCUCCUGGCAGCACAGGAACACAUGGAACACAGAAGGAAUUGUUUCGAAUUGUACGGCGCCGAUUUUAUGCUUACUGAAGAUCUCGUACCGUGGCUGAUCGAGAUCAACUCGAGUCCUUGCAUGUCGCCGACUACCUCUGUCACAGCAAGGAUGUGUUCCCAAUGUUUGGAAGACGUCAUUAAGGUUGUUAUAGACAAAAGGUACAACAAGGAAGCAGAUACAGGUAUGUUCGAAUUAGCAUACAGACAGCAGGUUUCAAGCCCUCAGCCGUACAUGGGCAUGAAUUUGACAGUGAAAGGAAACAAAAUCGGUAGAGGAGGAAUGAGAUCAAGAAAAGGGAGUGAAGAUUUGACGAGAGAUCUAGGCUCGCCGAACGUUAAAGAGGCGAUCUCGAGGCUGAGCGAUCGUUUGAAGGAGGAGCCGAGGCUCGGAGAAAGUACAGGGAACGGAGAAAACACCGAUGAUGGGAAAUAUGGUGAUGUGGUGACCACCAGUUCGGGCGUGAGCUCUGGAGUUUCGGACAGCGAAUAUAACAAGCGUCGCGUGAAGGUCGAAACCAAGAAACGGUCGUACAAGAAACACUGCUGCGUCAAAAAGGCCAGCAUCACACAAGCGGUGGCGCGUUAUAAAUCGAGAAACUACGACGAAAUAGCAAAGCGUUUAAGACUCCAGAGUGAAAACAUCAAAUGCAAAACUGUGCAGAUACCGCAAACAACAGAGUUGUUCGACUGGAAAAAGAGGAUCGAGCAGACGAGAGCCGACUGCAGGAAAAUGCUGCAGAAAAUCACGCAGAUCGAUAAAAGCGACUUGAUUCCAAAUUUGAACAAUAACGAAAAAAUAUCUUGCAAAAAAAGUAAAACUUGUGGCUCGAAAAUCAAUCUGCCCGACAUAAAAUCGAAUCCAAAAUGUGAGAUAAACAACAACAACAUAACUACUUUGACCAAAAUCAAUUCAGGUAACAGCAAUAACCAACUGCCCUCUUGCGCUUAAUUGUAAAUUACUAGUAAAUAAAAACAAUAUUUAAGACUAUUUAUUUUCAUGUAUUGUAGCCGUUAAUUUUGCCAAUUCAAUUGCUGAACUAAUCACGCCUUAAACAUUUAGUUUGGUUCAAAAUUUUAAUGAUUAUUGUGCCAAAAAAAAACAUGGUUCUGAAAAAAGUAAAUAGCUGUAAUAAAUAAAUUAUUUUAUGCUAAAUGACCAAAAUGUUUCAGAAUUAUC